AUGGCACGACGGAGACGCUUUGCGGUGGGCGGCCUGGCUACGGUCGCUACAUCGAUGCUGGUGGUCCUCGUGUUAGCUGGGGCUGGUGCCAAGGGCGCUGACGAUGGCCACUGUGCAGAGUACGCGUAUGACCUUGAAGGCUGCAAGGCCGACUACGCCUGCCAGGUUGGAGGCACGUGCGUCACGCAGCAAUCUGCCUGCGACCAGGUGUACAGGACCGGUUGCGAAAAGGACGCUGGCUGCUACUGGGACUAUCGCGGCCUGUGCGUCGUCCUGCCUUACGACUGCUCUCACAUCACGGACAUGACACAGUGCCAGUAUGACAAGCACUGUGCGUGGCAGCCCAGUUGCGAGGCCAAGACUUGCAACAACUACUGUGCCAUCAAGGAUGACAUCUGCAACACGUACGCCAGCCAGCACGACUGCCAAGCAACAUAUGGAUGCGCGUGGUCCGACGGCGCGUGCGCGGCAGCAAUCAACGACUGCGCCAACCUGGAAAUGGCUGCAUGCGACUACAACUCCAACUGCGAGUGGACGAGCGACUGUGGACACAACACCGCCUACACCACAACACGACAGAAGCAGCAAGCAUACACCACGACUCAGCACAAGCAGCAAGCAUACGGCACCACAACAGCGUACCAGGCUCCGGAACAACGCUACACCAGCACGAAGCAGGCAGAGUAUGCCACGCAGCCCGCCUACCCACGCUACACGCAGCAGCAGGCGUACACAACAGCAGCAGAGGGCAAGUACGACACUACCACCAAGGGGCAGCAAGCGUACAUGCAGCCACCUGUCUACACGACAACUACGCAUCCACCCGUGUAUACCACGACGACACGGCCGCACAACAACAAGUACACCACCCAACCGCCAUACACCACCACCACCACCACCACCACGACAGCUUACGAGGCGCCCAAGAACCACUACCCCACCACUACCGCCUACCAGCCUCCACACUACACCACGGGCGACCCAUAUGCCAAUGCCGACAACGGUGACAACAGCAUCAACAACAACUCGGGCGCCUCUGGUGCUGCUGGUGAUGCGAGUGCAGGCCUCUCUGCUGGCGCCAUUGCCAGUAUUGUCGUUGGCGCGGUGGUGCUUGUUGCCGCUGUUGUUGCUGGCGUCGCUGUCAUGGUGGCGAAGACCAAGAAGCGGCAGGCUGAUGGUGGUAUCAUGCCAACCACAGCCGCUGACAUCUGA